AUGUCUCUCAUCAACAGCACUGAGCUGAGUUCCUCGCUGUUGCGCCUCUGCCUCAACAGAACCACUGCAAACACCAACAUCUCCACGCCGACCCUGGAUGUCGUUUACAUCCUCCUGGUGCUCGGCAUGUUCAGUUUCUUCUCCUUCGCCGUCAUGUUGAGUUUCAUCCGCUCUAGGAAGUUGGAGAGCUCUCAGGACCCUUACAACCAGUAUAUAGCCCGAGACUGGAGCCGGAGGAGGACUCCUUCCGCGGACGCCGUGGCUCGUGCUCGACGGGUCGUGGAGGCGUCGGUGUCAGUGGUCAUCUGUAAUCCGGCGACGGACGAGGAAAGGCCACAAGUUCCACAACAUUAG